AUGCCGAAUACUCGAUCCACCUCCGAUGCCCAUUCCUCUAGCAUCGACCAGCUAACCGCCGCCUUAGGCAACCUUCUCACACGCACAUCUCCAGUGACCCUGGAUUCCCCUAGACCCCCAAUAUACGAGGUCGGCGACAGCUUCUCGGACUGGCGAGUUCAGGCCGAGCGCUACCUGGUGCAUUUACCGGCCGACCAACGAAUGGACCAUAUUACGGGUCUAUUAGGUCCAACCGCCAAAAGACGCCUCAAUUAUCUGUGCGUCUCACCCCCUACAACAAUCAGUAACCUAUGGACAUCGCUGGAAAGCCUUUUCGGUGCCCAGGAACCCCUCAUCGCCCUCCACAACCAAUUUUGCCUCCGCACACAACUGCCCGGUGAAAAUGCGGACUCCUACCUAGACGCCCUCUUCAGUCUCGGUAGCAGGGUCUUCCCAGACUCCCAAGUCUCUGACCAGGUCUUCUUACGAUUCGUGGGCGGUCUCCGUUCAGAAGACAUCAAACGGGAGUUUCGCAUCCGACCCCCUGCAAACCUUCUCACAGCCCUACAAACGACAAGGAUAUUCGAGUCCGCCCCACCACAACAAGAACCUCGCCGUGCUCCUAGCAGUCCCCAGGGGCAACUCAGACUAUCCGAUCGAAGACCGUCUUUCUCUCGUGCGACCAACAACACGAACGACUGCUGGUACUGCCAACAGUUCAAGGAUCGUGCUCGCAAGUGCGGUCACAACAACCCUGCCGGUUAGACCCCUCCCACUAUCUUGCCCUCUAUUUCCUCCUCACUACCCACAGAUCUCCCGCUGACAGUCACUGGCACACUUGAUGGAACCCCCGCCACCAUACUUAUUGACACUGGCGCCAUCCGGUCUGUGUUGCGGUCUCCCCAUAUUCCCAUUACACACUCCCCUUCUUCAGACAUUCAGUUAGUCACAGCUGAUGGUUCACCCCUGCGUUGCACUGGCACACGGCAAGUAUCCAUUGUCCUCCCCAUCUGCACUGCCGUACACCCCAUGCUAGUCCCCCCGGACAUUAGAGUUGACGCCAUUGUCGGGUUAGACUUUCUCCGCGCCCACCAGCUUAUCAUCGACCCCAACAACCCGGCCGCAGUUCUGCUUUCCAGAUCAGCCAUCUCCAACACCUCCGUGGAUGUCAGUACGCUAGACACUACCCCACCAAAUGAACCGACGUCCAUUGACGAUCUGUUGACCCGUCAAGAAAUCCCCGUCACCUACCUCCGUCGGCUAAAGGAUACCCUGCUCCCAUUCCAGUGCGUGUUCACCUGGGCUGGACAACCGAUCGGGCGCACUGGACUGGUUCAGCAUGCCAUAAACACGGGUACCGCCGCACCACAACGACAACCAGCUCGCCGAAUACCCAUCCAUUACCAAACGGAGCUUAACAGCAUAAUUUCAGACCUCCUUGCGCAGGGUAUAAUUGAACCCUCCAACUCCCCAUGGGCUGCCCCGGUUACGCUUGUUAAGAAAAAGGACGGACACCUACGGCUAUGCAUCGACUAUCGCCAGUUGAACAAAGUCACCGUGCGCGACUCGUUUCCGAUCCCGCGUAUUGAUGACACUAUCGACGCAUUAGUCGGUGCGUCUUGGUUCGCCAGCCUCGACCUCUCUCAUAGUUACUGGCAGAUAGAGGUCCGACCGGAGCACCGUCACAAGACGGCGUUCAUCCUCCCCACCGGGCUCUACCAAUUUAACACUCUGCCCAUGGGUCUUGCGAAUGCCACAGCCACGUGUCAAAGGUUGAUGCAGUUCGUCCUGAGAAACCUAUUACCACAGUCCUGUCUCGUCUAUUUGGAUGACAUUAUUAUCCACGGCAAGUCCGUCAGCCACCUCCUCCAAAACUUGAGCCUAGUACUCCAAGAGUUACAGACAGCAGGACUUACGAUUAACCCCAAGGAGUGCCAUUUCCUACAACGACAAGUAACCUACCUUGGACACGUAGUAGACGAAACUGGCAUCACCCCUGAUCCGGAGAAAAUUCGGCAGGUACUCGACUGGCCGACACCACAAUCACAAACGGAUGUACGGUCGUUCUUGGGAUUGGCUUCCUAUUACCGUCGUUUCAUUUACGGUUUCGCGAAUGUCGCCCUUCCGCUACAUCGCUUAACGGAAAAGGGUCGUUCUUUUGUGUGGACGGCAGAAUGUACACAAGCCUUCUUAACCCUCAAAAACGCUCUAACUUCCGCCCCCAUCCUUGCGCUACCAGAUGGUGACGUGCAAAGCCCACCCUUCAUCCUCGAUACUGACGCCAGCGGAUUUGCUAUUGGCGCAGUGCUCAGCCAGAUCGCUGUGGAUGGACAUGAGCACGUAAUAGCGUACGCCAGUCAAUGUUUGGACAAGGUGCAACGGCAUUACAGUACCACACGGCGGGAAAUGCUAGCCCUCGUCACCUUUGUCAAGAAAUUCCGACACUUGCUGCUCGCUAAACACUUCAUCGUCCGCACCGACCACCAAGCCCUCAAAUGGCUCCGGAAUUUUAAGGAUGCAGAAGGACAAGUCGCCAGAUUGCGGGAGCUACUUGAAGAAUUUGACUUUGAAGUUCAAUAUCGCCAUGGGAAACGUCACAAUAACGCCGACACUCUCUCCCGUCCACCACGCCCCCCGACGAGGACACCGAACGACGCCUUUCCUGUGGCAGCUAUCCAAAUAUCACAGGCAGCCCAGGAGCAAUGGGCUCAAAUGCAAGCGUCCGAUCCCAAUGUAUCCCUCAUCUAUGACCGCCAGUUACAUGGAUCCCCUAAACCCACCGCCCGCGAAAUGGAGAGCCUCAGCUGGGAGGCCCAUUGUCUCUGGUCUAUGUGGCCCUUCCUCCGUCUAAUCGACAACAUCUUGUUCUUCCAGCAUCACCCCUCUCUUCCCAACCGUCUAGUGGUCCCUCGCACUCUUAGGCCCCAAGUCAUCCGUGCUACCCAUGAAGAACUGGCACAUUGCGGCCAAGCCAAGACACUCGCCGCGGUUCGUCAACGAUAUUGGUGGCCCGAUCAGCGACGCGACGUAUUUUCUGUCUGUCAGACGUGUCAAACUUGCGCUCAAAUCAAGGACCCUGUAGUCCGUCCCCGGGCGCCACUGGAACCAAUGUCCGCAGGCUUCCCCAACCACCGCAUCGGCUUAGACAUCAUCGGACCUUUAUUUCAGACUAAGAAAGGCAAUCGCUUCAUUUUGGUUAUCGUCGACUAUUUCACGAAAUGGUGCGAAGCCAUCCCACUCCCAAACUCGGAAAGUUUAACUGUAGCAGCGGCUCUAGUCGAUCACUGGAUCGCUCGCUAUGGGUCCCCCUACAUCAUCCACACGGAUCAAGGAACCGCCUUCGAAAACUACCUAUUCCGUGCCCUAUGUCACCUCCUCGGCAUAGUCAAAACGCGCUCCUCACCUUUCCACCCAGCCGGGAACGGUCAGACGGAACGCACGAACAAGACUCUCGUGGCGUUCCUCCGCAGCAUGGUUGAUCAGUCCCGUGCAGAUUCCUGGGAUGAUCUUCUUCCCCGAUGCCUUUUGGCCUACCGCGCCACCAUUCACUCCUCCACUUCAUUUAGCCCCCACAUGAUGCUUUUCGGACGCGACCUGCGCCUCCCGUCUGACGUAACUAUCCCACACAGCACCCCGGAAAUGGCACAACCACACCGGUAUCUCGAGCAGCUCAUUGACUCCCUACAAACCAUUCACUCCACAGCCAGAACCAAGCUUCAGGCUGCACACUCCCACCAGAAGGAUUAUUACGACCAUCUGGCACACGGAACUCAAUACGAACCCGGCGACCGUGUUUGGUUGCACAACGACCAACCCCCCGCCGGGUAUGCCAGUAAGUUUCAUCGUCAGUGGUCUGGACCCUAUAUCGUCCUUCGACCGCUCUCAAAUUCCGUCUGCCGCAUUCGCCUAGAAUCUGAUCCCUUCGGCCGGAUUAUCCAGGUGCAUUUCAAUCGGCUCAAACCAUGUUUAUCAGAGUAUCAACCCUCCCAACACCCCGUUCCAUCGACCUCCCACCCUACCACAUCCCUCACCACCCUUUACACUCCACCAGCACCCCGCAACGUCAUUCUUCGUACAACUCGCGCUGAGGACAGCGCUCAAUCCUGA